CUCGAACCUGCUUGCUUUCCUUCAGGCACCGACCAACAACAAGAGACCCCUUCUCUCCUUUUCCCUAUUUACCUCAUCCUUCCCCAAACAUAAUCAUCACUCCACAAGCACAUCGAACAUUACGACCAUGAUGCGUGGAGACACAAAGUACUACGAUACCCUUGGCGUCUCACCCGACGCUUCCGAUGCUGACAUCAAGAAGGCGUACAGAAAGUUGGCGAUGCAGUAUCAUCCCGACAAGAACCCCGAUGCUGGAGACAAGUUCAAAGAGAUCAGCCACGCAUACGAGACAUUGAGUGACCCUGAGAGCCGAGAGACGUACGAUCGUUAUGGUGAAGACGGUCCAAGCGGUGGGUUCGGCUUUGGAGGCGGCAUGUCGCAAGAGGAGAUGUUUGCCCAAAUGUUUGGGGGCGGUGGAUUCUUUGGCAUGGAUGAUGGGUUCGGAGGAGGCCCUGGUGGCAGUCGUCGCCCCAGGUCUCGACGUGGAGAGGAUAUUUCGCACAACUUGAAUGUUACACUCGAGGAUUUAUAUAACGGCAAGACUACCAAGUUGUCCUUGGAGAAAAAUGUCAUCUGUGGGCUUUGUCACGGAAAGGGAGGCAAGGCCGGUGCGGUCAAGAAGUGCACGACUUGCGAGGGUCGUGGCGUGAAAAUGGUUGUCCGUCAGAUCGGCCCUGGUAUGAUGCAGCAAAUGCAGGUUACCUGCAACACAUGUGAUGGAGAAGGCCAGACGAUACGUGAGAAGGAUAGGUGCAAAAAGUGCAAGGGCAACAAGGUUGUCAACGAGAAGAAAGUCAUGGAAAUCUUUAUCGAGAAAGGCAUGCGUCAUGGCGAAAAGAUCCCCAUGAAGGGCGAAGCCGAUCAACAGCCAGGUGUCGACACUGGAGAUGUCAUCUUGGUCCUCAACCAGAAGACCCAUGCGCUCUUUGAACGUAGCGGUGCAGAUCUGUCGUGUAAGAUCACCAUCUCGCUGGUCGAGGCCCUGUGCGGAUUUUCCAAGAUUUUGCUUACGCAUCUGGAUGGACGCGGAAUUCAUGUGGAGCAACCUGCAGGAAGUGUUAUCAAGCCAGGCGAGGUCAAGAAGAUCAGCGGAGAGGGUAUGCCGCACUUCAAGAGGCCGAUCGAUAAAGGCGAUCUGUACAUCACCUUCGAGGUUGAGUUCCCUAAGGACGGGUGGGCGACCGCUGCAAGCUUGAAGUCGCUCGAGACAUUGCUUCCUAACCGUGGGCCCGCUCCAAUGGAGCCCGAGCUGGUCGAUCAUUGCACACUUGAAGAAGGAGACAUGGAGGACUAUGGCGCCCAGACGCAUACCGGCAAUGCGUACGACUCUGACGACGACGAUGAUGCCCAUGGACACGGGGGACCAGGUGUUCAAUGCGCCCAGUCUUAAUAUGGAGGAAGAAGAGUCGCAUUUUUUGGCCUCAUUUUUCACAGUGUAUCAUAGAAAUGAACAGCACAAUAGAGCAUCACAAUGUAUCCCGUU